UUAAACAACUUUUUUGAAGUGUUUUUUUUUUACCGGUACUCUUUACACAUUUUUUAUUCGCGCUUUGUUAUUGUGAAAAUUCAUAAUUAAAAGGAAAACCAAUUAUUAUUUUUUUUAUAAGUGAAUACGCCUCCGAGCGUUAUGCAUCGUUAUUUCCACCGUUUUGUUGUGAACUGACUGCAUUACAAGGAUUUUUCCGCGCUUUAUAAUCCUCAUACACACACACACAUACCACGUACUAGUUACAUAGAUAAGUGUGACGUCGGAUUUGUAGCAGGAAACUGCCAAGGUACCGGCGGCGAAACGGAUAUUUCACGGAGGCUUAACUAAAUCUUGUGCCAUGAAGGAGAAGAGUAAAAAUGCCGCUCGCACUAGACGUGAAAAGGAAAAUGCAGAAUUCUUCGAAUUGGCCAAAUUAUUACCACUACCAAGUGCAAUUACAUCACAGUUGGACAAAGCAUCCAUCAUAAGAUUAACAACAUCGUAUCUGAAAAUGCGUCAAGUCUUUCCCGAUGGUCUGGGCGAGGCGUGGGGUACUUCACCGGCAAUGCAACGCGGUUCUAUUAAAGAGCUUGGCUCACAUUUGCUGCAGACAUUGGACGGUUUCAUAUUCGUUGUGGCGCCGGAUGGCAAAAUUAUGUACAUCUCGGAAACGGCAUCCGUGCAAUUGGGUCUAAGUCAGGUUGAACUUACUGGCAAUUCGAUAUUUGAAUAUAUCCACACGCACGAUCAGGAGGAAAUGAAUGCGAUUCUCUCGCUGCAUCCUUACAUGUAUCAAAAUCCGGAUGCAUUUAUUAACUCAUUACAUCUAACACAGAGCGGCAAUCCACCCACCGGCAAUGCGAAUGUCAUUGGCAGUCCGAAUGGCAGCUAUGGCAGUGAUCGUGGUUCGCAUACGAUCGAAAUACAAAAAUCCUUCUUCCUGCGCAUGAAAUGCGUGCUGGCGAAACGUAAUGCUGGCCUCACAACGUCCGGUUAUAAGGUCAUUCACUGUUCGGGGUACUUGAAAGCGCGCAUAUUUCCUGAUUAUGGCGAUGGUCAUGGUGGUUGUAUACAAAAUCUGGGCCUUGUUGCUGUUGGUCAUUCCCUGCCUUCAUCUGCGAUAACGGAAAUUAAACUACAUACAAAUAUGUUCAUGUUUCGUGCGUGUAUGGACUUGAAGCUGAUAUUUCUGGAUGCAAGGGUAUCUCAACUGACUGGCUACGAGCCGCAAGAUCUCAUAGAAAAAACACUCUACCAAUACAUACACGUUGCGGACAUAGGACCAAUGAGCUGUGCCCACAAUAUUCUGAUAUACAAGGGACAAGUCACCACCAAAUACUAUCGCUUCCUGACAAAGGGUGGCGGCUGGGUCUGGGUACAAUCGUAUGCGACAGUGGUGCACAAUACACGCUCAUCGCGCACACACUGUAUUGUCAGUGUAAAUUAUGUGCUUAGUGAGCAGGAGGCCAAAGACUUGAUUCUCAAUGAAAUCCAAACGGGUGUGGUUAAGAGUGAGCCAAUCACCGCUUCGGCUGCGUUGACGCCAUCUUUGCGUACGUCGCGUGCGCCUGCCACUGUCACACACCCGGCGCUCAGCAACGGCCUUGCAGCGGGCGCAUCACCCAGCUGUGCCGCACUCAGCGUAAGUCCUAAACUGGAUCCCUGUUAUGAGAGCGCUAGCGUUCAUUUACCACCCAAUGUGCUCACACCAGUACUAACUGGCGGCAGCAGCAGCAGCGGUGGUGGCGGCGGCGGCAAUAGCAAUAAUAACAACAAUAAUGCCUACAUGUCGGCACAUCUAAUGCAUGCGCAGCAUACGCAUCCACAUCCGCAUCAUCAUCAACCGCAUCUUCACGCGCACGAACAGCCACAUUUGCAUAUGCAGCAUGCGCAUCAUAUGCAUCACAUACAUCCGCAUCCGCACGCGCACGCCCAUGCCCACGAAGUGCCGCCACAACACGAUAACCUCACCUAUACGCCGCUCUUCCCGCCGAUCAACGAUCUCGUCGUCAGCUCUUCUUCGGGCAGCGCGCUCGGUCAUGAGAUACAAUACCCGGACACAACCACCGGCGGCGGCGGCGGGUACUACGGCGCUGGCACUGCUAGCACAGUCAACAAUAAUAACAACUCAGGCAGCGAACAUUACUACUAUGAUGCGGCGGUAGAUAUUUCAUCAGCGUCAGCAACAGCAGCACUUAACAGGCCGUACUCCGCGAAUUCCAACAGCUGCUCCAGCAGUUCGGAGAGCGAUCGACAAAUGUCCACAGGCAAUGCGUCGAUAGUGAACGGCACUUCACCGCAGACGACGUACAGCGAGUUGAGUCAUACAUUUGAAUUGCAUUAUUUGUCGGACAGCAGUUCGCAUCAACAGGCGGUUAUGGUGGCGCCGGCCGCGUCGCAACAGCAGCAAUCACAGCAACAUCACCUACAGCUUCUGGAACAUCAUCAGCAUACGCAUCAUCACACGCAACAACACCAGCUGCAACAGCAAGCUUUGGCUGCAAGUCACGUCGCUCCACUGCAACAGGCGCCAGCUCAAUCUCAACCACCAUCACAGACGCAGCAGCAGCAACAGCAACAGCCAGCGCAAAUGGAUCAUCAACCCAUACAUCCACUGCAGUCGCAACAGCAACAUAUUUUGGUUGCGCAGCAGCUGCAGCAACAUGACCAGCAACAGCAACAAGAGCAACAACAGCAGGAGCACAUUGCACGCUCCUUCGCGGUCGCCGUGGAGAAGGGUGUCAGUGUGCCGCCACAAUAUACCAGCGUCAUUGUCGAUCCCCAUCAUCACUAUAUACCCAACGAUUUUGUGCAUUAGCAUUUGCUACUGGUUGGUGCGAUUCGUGGGAUCGUUGAGGUGGUAAAGCACAAGUUGUGCUCUUGUUGUGGGCGUUAUUUGCG